CUUGAAAUAGGAUACUCUAUCUCAAUGGUUUUGAGCACGGUCCGUGGUUUUGAAUGUUUAAAAAAGCUUACACUAUUGGCCAAAAGAUGGCAGGGUGGUAGCAAAAUUAUUUUAUCGCCAUCUGUAAAUAUAUUUGUUUGUAACGUUUGAUCGAUUAAAUUCAAAUUAUGACAAUCACAACAAAAGAUUAAUAAAGAUUUAAAGGCUUAAAAAUAAGACUUAUUUUUAAAAUGCAGCGAUCUGAGAAGAAAAUAGUUUCUGAAAAGGAACAAGAAAACCCGUUUUUAUCGUUUGUGGAAAUGGAAGAUCUAUUAAAUAAACUAAAGGUACUGAAUUAUGAGGCUGAAUUUUUAAGGGAUCUUAAAAUUAAACCCAUUCAUAAGUUUUAUUUUGUGGUUGCUAAAAACCCAGGAGAGCAAUUUUAUUUAUUUUCACUUUUGGCUGCUUGGUUGGUAACAAAAAAUGGAAAAAUAUUUGAACAACCCCAGGAAUAUGAUGAUCCCAAUGUUACUAUUGAUAAAAUUAUAGCAGCAGUUAAAGAAAACGGAAUGUUAGUAGACUUUCCUCCAAACAAGUUAAAACAGGGUUAUGGUGAACAAGUGGUUAAUAUAUUGGAUAAUUUGGCAACAAGUGCUUUAAAAAAAGAAAAUUUUAAAUGGGAUAAGCCCAAAGAACCAGAAGAAAAAGAAGAUGAAUUAGAUGUAAUGGAAGAUGAAUCAGAAAUUAAUUUAGACAGAGUUGAGGAAGAAAUGAUAGCUGCGUAUUCUGAUGAUUCAGAUGAAGAAAAUAUUUUCAGAUUGGAUGAUUUAAGGCCUGCUAAAAGAGAGAUUAAAGCAAAUGAACUUAAAUCAAACAUUGAUGAAGAAUCUUGGAGAAUUGAAGUGGAAAAAGUUCUCCCCCAAUUAAAAGUAACAAUAAGAAACGAUAACAGAGACUGGAGGGCGCAUUUUGAUCAAAUGAAAAACCUCAGAAACAACAUUGAAUCUUCUUUGUUACCCACAAAAACACACUUAGAAAAAUUGCAUAAAGAAAUUGGUUCAACUUUGGAGAAAGUGGGCAGUAGGGAAAAAUAUUUGAAUAGGGAAUUAGAGGGAAUUUUAGAUGAAUAUAGGAUUUUACAGGAUCAAUUAUCGCAGGUAAAGGAUAAAUAUAAAAAUAUAAGUACAGGGGUGGCCAAUAGAAAUAGAGAGUUAAGUAAAUUGACAGAUAGACUGGAAACUGUUAAACAACAAAUGGAGGAACGAGGAAGUUCAAUGACUGAUGGAACGCCCUUGGUAAAUAUUAAAAAAUCUGUGGCAAAAAUAAAAUCAGAAAUCACAGAAAUGGACAUAAGAAUUGGAGUACUAGAAUGUAUACUUCUACAAACAAAAAUAAAGGAUGAAAAACAAUUGGAAACUGAAUUUGGACAAUCCAUAUCAAUUUUUUAGACUGCAAUUUAAGACCAAAAAACUUAUAUUAUAGAUAAAUUAUACACCAAAUAAAGUUUAAUAGUUCUAUUAAUUUUAAUAAACAACAAAUUACCAAAUACUAAUAUAAUAACAAUUUAAUUUGGUACAAAAUAAAAAAUUAAAACUAACCAGACUUCACAUUAUUUACAUUCCACCACUCUUCUGCAGCAAUUGUGAAAACCUAUUUGUUAUCAAUAAGGAUACAUCGAUAAAUCUAUCCACGCAAUUUGUAAGGCAGGUUUCAGUUCUACUGUCCAAUUUGUUGGAUGGUUUGUCUACGCAUUUCUCCCAGCAAAAGUCAUUGAAUUCAUGUAUCUGUAGAAAAAACGGGUUUGGAUAUUUGGAAAAAAUAAAUGAUGAAUGUCAAGUGUUAAUUUCUAGGUUUAAUGUAGUUAACACAUUUAAGGCUCAAUUUCAUGUAACAUAAGAAACUUUUUGUUCUACUGUGUCAUAUUUAUAAUAAAAAUGCUUCAAUGCAUGACAUAACCUCACCUGAGCGUUAAAUUGUGCUUUUUGUUUUUCCACCAUAAGAAACUCUUGUAAUUCUUUGUCGCCUCCUUUAAAACCCUCAGUCGGAAAUGAAUCGAAAUCAGUCAUAUUUUAUGUUUUAUAAAAGAUCUUUUCUUCGAAUUGACUAAAAAUUUUUUGACACUUUAUUGAUGUUCCCUACCUUAUCGGC